AUGAAAGCAACAGCCUUUGCCCUGCUCUUGGCUUUGGCUUUGACAUCCAUCUUCAAUGUAGAAUGUGCCACAGGCCCUCAACAGGUUGAUUGCAGUAAAUAUGAGAAGUUCCCACGGAGAGAAGAGGGAUUUUGUUAUGAAAUAUAUGCACCAAUUUGUGGAUCUGAUGGCAAAACUUAUGCCAAUGAUUGCUUCUUUUGUUCUGAAGUUCGGAAAACUAACAACAAACUGAAAUUUGUACAUUUUGGAAAGUGUUGA